UCUUACGGCUGAUGAUGAUGAUGAUAAGUGAAUCCAAAUUCGGAUUCGGAUUUUUACAGAAUCGCAGGGUAGAUACUGGUACACUUAUAUGUAAGUUGUGUUUUUUCUUCCUUUUUGUUUUUGCUUGAGUGAAAAAAAGUGUUUAGUACUAUUUUUUGGAUAUCCCUAACAAUAUAACAUUUUUGAGAUGUCAUCUAUACCUUACGUAUCGAGUUGGCAACACUGAUCAGUCAGCCAUUUUCUUUAAAACUACAUGUUUGUGACUUGUUUUUAGUAUAUGAAUAUUGUCAUAUUUUUACGCUAAUAACGGCCACUAAAUAAUGACAUAAGAAAUAAAGAAAACUGAUUUCUCAAGAACUUUUAGAUUAAUUUCUUAAUGUUGGAUUGCUACUCAAAUUCGUAACGUAAUAGGUUUACUUUGGUAAUGCUGCGUUGAAAAAUUAUCCUUGUGAUAUUGUUUGAAAAGUUGAACCUCGUCAUAAAAAUGGAAUCUCUACAAUCUGAGUCCGAGACAUUGGAUUAUUGGAAAAAACAAGCUAAGUAUUACGAGCAGAAAGUUAACGACAUUCAACAAGAAUUAGAUGAAUACACUGAAAACUCAGCACAACUUGAAAAAGAACUGGAAGCAUCUUUGGUUCAAGUUGAAAAACAAAAUAGAGAUUUAGAUCAUCAAAAUCAAAGAUUGAAAAACGAAAUUGAUAUGUUGAGGAAUAAAUUAGAACGAAGCCAACAUGAAACCAAUGCUUUGGAAAAUGAAUUGCAAGCUUUGAAAAUAGAAAAGGAAAACCAAGGUGUUUAUAUAAGAGAAUUAGAACAAAAAAAUGAUGAUUUGGAACGAGGACAGAGAGUGAUUUCAGAAUCGGUAUCAUGUAUAGAAACAUUAUUAAACCAAGCAUAUGAAAGGAAUGCAGUAUUAGAGAGUGAAGUAGAUGAAAUUGAAAAUUUAAGAGUAAAGUUACAGAGAGCUACAGAUGAAGCUAGAGAUCUGAAACAGGAACUGAAAGUGAUGGAACUAGUUCCACCUCAUAAAAAAGAAGAUGUUACUAAUGAUACUUUACACAAUGGAAUCGUCAACAACCCCUCCAGGACCCAUGUUGAAAUUGAAACACAGACGUCUAUUUCUUCACCACAAAAACGUGAAAUCAAUGGUAAUGCAAUGACACCAUCAUCUCGAGUAUCUGCCAUAAAUAUAGUUGGAGACCUUCUACGCAAAGUAGGGCUUGAAAGGUUUCUUUGCCGUGAUUGUGGUAAGGUCAAAUGUUCCUGUGACGAAACUGCUACUGCCACUCUUCAUCACACUCAUACGUCAGAAGAAAGUGUUGUUAAGAAAAGCGAAUUAAUUGAAAACAAUUCUAUUGAUGAACCAAUACACUAUAGAAAAUUAAUGCGACAGAGCUCUGGACCAGAUAAAGAAGCAUCUUUCUGCAAAAAUACACCAGUUUUGCCUCAAAGAUCAUCUGAACAGCCAUUUGUGAGAUCUGUUCAGAUGGAAAAUGGGAAAUUGAGGCGCUCGUUUGCUGUUCGGUCUCGUGAAGGACUCGAAAACCUCAUAAGUUUGGCCUCUUUUAGGAAAGGUCAAGAGCAGUCUAAAUCAAAACAAGCAUUUUGAUUAUUAUUAUUAUUAGAACCGAUGCCAUCUUAGAAAUAAUAUAUACUAAAAUUUAGAAACGUGUUAUGUUGAAGACAUGAAGUGUGAUAAUCCAAAAAAUUAAGCACUGCAUAUAGUGUUCACUUAUUAUUAAGAAAUUAUGUACCUAAGACGCACAAAUUAUAUUUUUUCAUAUUACGUAAUAGAUAUUUUUAUUGUCUAAUGUUGUUUCUUUUUUGUAGCUUUGUAUUAUAUUACAAAACUAAUUAGUUGAUGGUGUUCUUAGAAGUAUCCAAUUUAUGAGACAUUUUAAAUAAUAAUGUUUUAUGACAUCACAUAAAUUGGAUUGUGAAUUAGCUGAA